CUUUAUGCCAUGUAGAAACCUUUACCACCGCAGUCCUUGAAUAGAAUCGAAUAGUGAGUUCCAAUGAUAGUCAUUGUUGAAAAUUUAUUAGUGCUAUUGUUUCAUGGUCUUCCAUUCUAUACUUUUACAAGUUCUUUCUUCUUUCAUUUCGUUCUUAAACGUUAUCCCGUUUAAGAAUUCAAUCAAUUUGCGACAAUUGGUUCAUAUAAUAGUCGCUUUCUUUCUCAGAAUUACAGAAAGUUUAUAAAAGACUGAAGAAGACGUGGUAAUUGAGAGGAUAUCUUAAUUUUUUUAAAAGGAACGUAUUUGCUAAGCUGAGGAACUUUGUCCUUACCAAUAUAAACAGAUUUGUGCUGAUUGGUAAAAAAGGCUGCUUUGUUUACACCACAUUGUAUUUGUUGAAUCUGAGCGUUGAUUUCUACUUUACAACACAAACAAAACCAAUCUCUUAAUUAAAAGUAGACAAUUAAAGUUGGAGAAAUCUCUCAAGAACAAUCCUAGAAACGAUUUAUUUUAUUUGCUUUUCCUCGAGGCAUCCAAGAAUUGAUAAUUCUUUCUUCUUUCUUUGUGAUCUGAAACCUUGAUCAUUCCGAAAAAUAACCAUCUGGAAAAGGUUGUUAUAUUUCAUUUCUUUUAAAUUGUUCUAAAUCUUUUAGUUUCAUACCCAAACUUCAGGAUUCCGGUAUGACCAAGGCUGUGGAAGGUUAUCGGAAAGAAAAUGAGGGUUUCGCUGAUUCUAGUGCAGAAAAAGAAGAGUGCAAAUACUCUAUCCGCCUUACCAACUUUGUAGGCCCUAAUACCCAUUCUUUUUCGUUUGAUCCACUAGUCCGAUAUUGGGAUAAAAAAAGUGAUUGUCUACCUAUCUAUAUUGGAAGAUACACCGAGAGAUUCAAUGGAGGCGAUGUAUCUGCCAUAGUCUUUCGUUCCAAAGUUGUGAGCCGUAAGCAUGCUCAAAUAUAUCAUGAGAAUAAUACUUGGUACAUUCAAGAUAUGGGGUCAAGUUCCGGAACAUUCCUUAAUCACGUUCGAUUGUCUCCUCCCUCUAAGACUAGUAAGCCUUAUCCCAUUUCUAAUAAUGAUAUUUUACAGCUUGGAGCCGACUAUCGUGGCGGUUAUGAAAUGCAUUAUCGCUGUGUCCGUGCUCGAGUCGAACUCAACAAUUCUUGGAAAAUAAGAAUCAAUCCUUACAAUUUGAAUGAAUUCCGUCGUGUGCAAGAAUUAGCUGUAUCUGGUUCUACGGAUAAUAGUCCUCCUGAGUGUUGCAUAUGUUUAAUGCCUGUUUUACCUUGUCAAGCGCUCUUCUUUGCUCCAUGUUCCCACACUUAUCAUUAUAAAUGCAUACGUCCAACUUUGGCCGAAAGUCAUCCAUACUUUAGUUGUUUCAUAUGUAGGAAAUACCACGAUCUAGAAGCACCAGUGGAAGAGGCUGACGAAUGUUUGAAUGACCUCCUGUUACAUACCACCGUUAAAGAGUAAGUAUUUAUUCUUUUUACUUUGAAGUUUCCCAAAGCAUAAAUUAUUUGAAGCAUUCACUUUACAUCCUUAAUGAUGACGACUAAACUAUUCAUGAACUGUAAUGCAAUUGUUUUUAUUUUCGGCUUAAUCUUCGUGCGCUUUGUUACUUUUUGUUCAUUAUUUUAUUUCUUCUAAUCGACUUUUUUCAAUCAUUGAUGGGGGUUAUUAUCUUUUAAUCUACGUUCUUUAGCAGACUGAUCAAGAUAAUUACAGUAUUACACGGCUUCUCGCCAUUUUCCCGUGUCAAAAUGAUUUUUGUUUAAUUAGCUAUCCCUCAACAAAUGACUUUGGCGAUCAUCAAGUUUCCGGUAUCAAUUUGAUGACUUUCCAAGAGUUCAGCACGCUUCUUCCGCUAGUCCGACCUAGCCCAAUAUUUUUCUGCUUUGUUUCGGCAUAUUCGUAUGUCAAUGGGAUAUUCUGCACUGCAUUCAUAAUUCCAUUGGUCCCCAGUUUAUAACAAAUACAUGACGACGUAGUUUAGAUUUUAUGUAGUAAAAAAAUAAAGAAUCAACCAUUCGAAACUAAC